CUCAAAUCACAAUUGAUCGAUGAAUACCAAAUAAAGUUCUGCACAGUUGGAAUAGAGCGUGAUCCUUGACGCGCAUUUAAUCAGCGUUUGCAACGCUUUUAUGGCACAUCAAUCGCGCAUUUAGCCAGACAACUCAUUCGCAGUGCAGUGAGCAGAAAACACGCAAAAUGCAUUCGUAUAUGCAACAGUUAACGGAAGAGCAGAGCUCAACACCUCACCUCACCUCACCACCCCCUUCCCACCAAGCGUGUAACCCAUUUGCCUUGUUGGUUCGAUAAACUCGUCAUGGAGCUGACAACACGAUAGCAACAGCAACAGCAACAGCAAUAGAAAUAGGUGCAUACAGCGGGGAGCAACAAUAAAGAGCAACACUUUUUUUGUAGUGCAUUGGCAAAUGCCCAACGGUAAGGAAGCAAUCUCUAACUUAAUACGGAAAACUUGUAAAGUGUGCAACGAGAGAAAUGGAAAAAUUGAAAGGCAACCAGCAGCAGAAGAAGGUCGAGACAGGCAAUGGCAAUGGUAAUGGCAACAGUCAGCGCAAUGGCAAUCGAGUUGCCCCGAGUCCCAGUCCAAGUCCAACGGGCAGACCCAAUCCGAAUCCCUUCAAGCGGCCGAUGAAUGCGUUGCAAAAGCAAUGGUAUCGAGUGCUUCUCGCUCGACGUGUGGGCUUUGGGCAGCGGCCGCCGCAGGACGAGAAGGAGCUAACCUAUGCUGACAUAUGCCAUCGACGCUAUGUGGCCGCAUUCCGACGCUACAACGAACGUUUCCGCUGGGAAAUGGCAAUGCAUGAACAGAUGCAACGCUGCGCCAUCGACGCCAUGCGUGUGCACAGAACUUUUGCCAUUACCACGCUCUGGCUGCCGUUGCACUCGAAGAGGGAAAUCAACUCGACGCUGGAGACCCUCGAGAAGGUGCUGACGGUGAAGGAAAGGCGACGCCUCGAGGAGAUACUCAAACGAGGUGAAUCUCUGCGAACGCGACGAUGACUCGCUCACUCACUCGCUUACUGUCGCGCUUUGUGAGUCUCUUCUCCACUUUCAGUUGAGCAGCAGCAACACUUUCAAGCACAGCACUUAGGAAACUCUUUACGGACUUCUCCUCUUUCUCUCUCUCUCUCUCUUGCUGAACUUGAAUUUCACUUUGUCAGACGGAUAUCGCGUUGUGCUGUGUCGUAAAUAUUUAAUACAAAUAAAAGUGCGACUUUCACUUCAUUUAAAGCACAAGCAAAACACACACACACUCUGCUGCCCCUCUCCAACACUGUCUGCCAGUGUUGGCUAUAGCUGCAAUUUCAUCUAUGCAGCCACUUAAGACAAGCGAACUUGCAAAUGUAAACUUAAUUGAGUUCUAAGCAGAAGGGGAAAAUAAAUAGAAGUUAGCUUAAGCGGAGAGACGCUGAAGAGAAUGAGAGAUGGGACAACUAAUGCUUCCAUAUACUACUCCGAUUUAAGUUGCAUACUUUGCUUUAGU